GCAGCCCUCCCUAAAGCUACACAGUUAGACUUAUCAUGCAACAGACUUACAGUACUGCCGGAUGCGUUUUGCACACUGACACACAUUAUACGACUUGACGUGAGCAAAAAUGGCCUGACAGAACUCCCCAAAGACUUUGGUCACCUGGACAAUCUGCAGCAUCUGGACCUCCUGGGCAACAGCCUGACCACUCUUCCGCGCUCCUUCUGCCAUCUGAGGAAGUUGAAAUGGUUGGACUUAAAGGACAACCCUUUAGAAGACGGGCUGAAGAAAAAUGCUGGUGAUUGUCUUGAUGAGGCCCAGUGCAGGAAGUGCGCCACUAGAAUAUUGAUGUACAUGAAAGAUUUGGAUUCACAACUUGAAAGGCAGUGGCAAAAAAAGCUACAGAAGAAGAGAGGUAUGUGUGUGUAUAUAUGGUAUGCUUUUUGUAGUGUGUCUGUCUGUCUAUCUGCCUGGGUAUUACAUGCAUAA